AUGGCCGACAAGGAGAACUCCGCCUACGCCGCCGCCGCCGCCGCCGCGCCCCGCAUGACCCGCGCAUCCACCAAGCGCGCCGCCGCCGUCACCGCCGUCGCCGUCGCCGCCAAGCGCAAGCGCGUCGCGCUCAGCGAGAUCCCCACGCUCCCCAACGGCGCCCCCCAGCCGCACGCCAAGCCCAAGAAGCCGUCGUCCCAAGUCGCCAAUCCCAAGAAGAGGUCCAUCUCGUCCCUGUCCCAGUCCCUCCCCGCGCCCAAGCCGGCGACCGACGCGGCCGACGAGACCGGCGACCCGCAGCUCUGCGCUCCGUACGCGUCCGACAUCUACUCCUACCUCCGAUCCAUGGAGGUCCAGGCGAAGCGGCGGCCGGCGGCGGAUUACAUCGAGAGGGUGCAGGUGGACGUCACCCCCAAUAUGCGCGGCAUCCUCGUCGACUGGCUCGUCGAGGUCGCCGAGGAGUACAAGCUCGUCUCCGACACGCUCUACCUCACCGUCUCAUACAUCGACCGCUUCCUCUCGGCCAACUCCCUCAACCGUCAGAAGCUGCAGCUCCUCGGCGUCUCGGCCAUGCUCAUUGCCUCUAAGUACGAGGAGAUCAGCCCCCCAAACGUGGAGGACUUCUGCUACAUCACUGACAACACCUACAUGAAGCAGGAGCUUGUUAAGAUGGAGAGGGAUAUACUAAACAAUCUCAAGUUUGAGAUGGGCAAUCCUACCGCUAAGACCUUCCUAAGGAUGUUCAUCAAAUCUGGCCAAGAAGAGAAGAAGUAUCCUAGCCUGUUGCUGGAGUUCAUGGGGAGCUAUCUCACCGAGCUGAGCCUUUUGGAUUAUGGCUGUGUCCGGUUCUUGCCAUCAGCUGUUGCAGCUUCAGCGGUGUUUGUUGCACGGCUGACCCUUAAUCCAGACUCCAACCCUUGGAGCAAGAAGUUGCAAUCAGUAACCGGGUACAGCGCAUCCGAGCUGAAGGAUUGCAUUACCGCCAUACAUGACCUGCAGCUCAGCAGGAAAGGGCAAUCGUGGAAUGCGAUUCGGGACAAGUACAAGCAACACAGGUUCAAGGGCGUAUCUGCAUUGCUACCUCCUGUUGGGAUCCCUGCAUCAUACUUUGAAGACCUCAAGGAGUAG